GCCCCUCCUCUCCUCACCCCACCCUCCCUCCCUUCCUCCGCCCGCUGGCCCGGCGCUCGCAGUGCCGACUCCAGGGGGGCUCUCGAUGUAGCACCAUGACAGGCAUCGCCGCCGCCUCCUUCUUCUCCAAUACCUGCCGAUUCGGGGGCUGCGGGCUCCACUUCCCCACCCUGGCCGACCUCAUCGAGCAUAUCGAGGACAACCACAUCGAUACAGAUCCACGUGUGUUAGAAAAACAAGAAUUACAACAGCCAACCUAUGUUGCCCUCAGUUACAUUAAUAGGUUCAUGACAGAUGCUGCCCGCAGAGAGCAGGAGUCCCUGAAGAAGAAGAUUCAGCCGAAGCUCUCGCUGACCUUGUCCAGCUCAGUGUCUCGAGGGAACGUGUCCACUCCACCUCGUCACAGCAGCGGCAGCCUGACUCCCCCGGUGACCCCACCCAUCACCCCGUCCUCCUCCUUCCGCAGCAGCACCCCUACAGGCAGUGAGUAUGAUGAGGAGGAGGUGGAUUACGAGGAGUCGGACAGCGAUGAGUCCUGGACCACAGAGAGCGCCAUCAGCUCUGAAGCCAUCCUCAGCUCCAUGUGCAUGAAUGGAGGGGAAGAGAAGCCUUUUGCCUGCCCAGUUCCUGGGUGUAAAAAGAGAUACAAGAAUGUGAAUGGCAUAAAGUACCAUGCUAAGAAUGGUCACAGAACACAGAUUCGUGUCCGCAAACCAUUCAAAUGUCGCUGUGGUAAGAGUUACAAGACAGCUCAGGGCCUGCGGCACCACACAAUCAACUUCCACCCCCCGGUGUCGGCUGAGAUUAUCAGGAAGAUGCAGCAAUAACACGCUGGUCGUAACUGUGCCAAGAAAUCCUCACCAGCAGUUGCUGAUUUUGAAUACAGCCACCUUUUUGCAGGGGAAGCAUUCAGCAACCCUUUAAAAAGAAUUAAAUGCAUGCUUUAAAUUUUUUCUGUAAUUUUGGAAUGAUGUAUCUUUGUAGAGUUAAUGAUUUUUUACAUUUGCACAUGUAAUCAUCAUACCCAUUUUUAUUACUUCAAUAUAAGGUGCUAAACAAAAAAGCUCUAGGGUCUUCACAUUUCCCCCAAAACGAAAUAAAGUUGAGGGCAUGUUACAAGUUGUUUAGCUGUAUUGCAGUGAUAUUAACUGGGGGGAGGAGCGGCUGGUACUGAGAUUUUUUUUUCCAAGAUUGUAAUAUGAUUGAAAUUUUUCAACACAUAAACUCACUAUAUUCAAAACCAAAAUAAUACCUUCAUUAUCAAGCUGGUUACCAUGCCUUACAUAAUGGAGUUAGUAUUUGUGAGUAGAAAGACAUUAGGUAAUGGAAAUAUAAAUAAAAAUGUUUAACAUAAUAUGCUAAAAAUAUUUUCAUAUUUAAAUAACAUACAUAAAAGGUGUGCUUUCUGUGUUUUAUAUUAUCUUGCAAAUCUUUUAGCCCUUUAAAAAGCUGAGAAUCUUGCCAUCUGACUUACCAAUCAUUUUAGUGUUAUAAAUGGCAUUUUUGUAUAAAAGUCUACUCAGUUCACACAUUAACACAUUCAUUGAGUGCCUGCUGGAUGCAAGGGAUUCCAUUUAUGCCUAUUGAUACUUGUGGACCAAGAUACCAGUUUAGUGAAAUACUUUUUCCCUUAAAUCUGUUAGGAAACACUUUUUGAAAUACUGAAGUGCAAAUUUUGUGUGUGUGGAAUUUAGUUCUAUCUUCAUCUUUAGGUGAAGUUUUAAAGCACUUUGUAGUUCUCUAUUGCCAACAGAUUUAAUGUUUUAUGUGUUGCCAAUUCUUGCAACCAUCGCCCUAGCAAACCUGUGGGUUGCAAACAAAUAUACAAACAUGUUGCAAAGAGGAACAUUUUCAUUAAGACUCCUAUUGCCUCUUCUUCAUGCCUACUGUGUUUUGACUUCUUUUAAAGGCACUUUUCCAUCAACAUUAUCGAUGUCUGUAGUCCCACUGGAAAUGUCUGUUUAGCAUUGUUAAACAUUUUGCCGAAAUACAAAAUUGAGCCUUACUGACAAUUAAGUGCUUCUUGCAGCAGGUGGUCAAAGAGUGACUAAUAUGACCCAUCAAAGUAACGCCUGGACCAUUCCUGAAGUUUUUCUCAUCAACAAUACCAUCACGCCUUGAGUGCUCUUCCCUCCCAAGUGCUAUUCUAUAAACAUGAGAGUUUACCAGUUGCCUAAUUAUGCAUUAAAAAUUGCUGUGAGAUGGCUAGCUGCCUGCAAAACUGGUGAAAAGCAAACUCAAAAUGCUUAUAACUUGUUCUCAUUUGAUGGCAGUUUUACAGCUGGGAAGCAGGUGUCCCCUCCUCCUCAAUUUUUCAGAUAUUUAAAAAAAGGAUUGACAAUUCUGUUAGCCAGACGGGUAAAUUUCUAUAUUCUUGUGAAUCCCUCAUAAUGAGGGAUUUUAAAGUAUUUAUGAAAAUUAUGCCCUCUAAAAAUUUCCUCAGAUCUCUGAAGAGCGGUCUUGGUCCUGAGUAAAGUGUGAUCCAG